AUGUAUAUUAUUUCCGGGAUUGUUUUCAACCUCAAAAGGAAAAAACAAGCUCAGAUGAAAUUAAUAGCAGGCAUCAACGAUGAUAUCCCAUGGAAGAUCAAAGCGUCUAUCGAUAUCGGACGACGUUGCCACGAGCAUGACAAGCAAGAAACGGGCCAGAAUGUAACGGUUACAACACAUCAAUCUCAGGGGGUAAAAUGCGCGCGCUUAAAAAUACCGAUUCUUCCCCUGCCCGGAACACGCGCAGCCAUCUACCCCGUCUCCGUCCGGACCGGUUUUCAUUGCGGGGUUGACUUUUGGCCUUUAGAGACGCAAGGAUGGCCAAUCCAUUCGAGCGGUAUCGAUGCCGGAUUUACAGUCAUUACCGUGUAA